AAAAUUUUUUUUAAUAUUUUAUUCUUAAUUUACAGAGCAGCGUGAGGUGGCCAAAAUGCUGACUGCUCACUCUGAGAUGCACGAAAAACGGGAUCCCCUUGGAGGUGGACAAUAUGGAGUAGGUGGCGGCAGUUCGAUUGAAGAGAAAUCUAUUCCGGAACAACCACCCCCGCCGCCGGUGCCUCCUCAGCGGGAUCCGUCUGAUCCAACGAUCAGUGCUAAGAAACUUCCAAAGAAACGAAAAUAUGAUUUAUCGGAGCUUGAGGAAAUAGACAAAAGCAGUAAUGUAACAAGAACCGUAAAUAAUAUGAUAAAUAUACGGGCACCGAAUAUGCCACUCAGUCAAUCAGGUUUAGUUCAACAGUCAACUUCAGCAACUCGGCAAUCUCCGCAACAACAAGAAUCCGAUUGUUAUCAAGUAUCCUCGGCACAUUCAGUGGUAGUUUUACCACCUCAAAGUACAGCAGUGGAUUAUUCUGUUCGAGAGGAAUCUUUACGUCCUCGUCCUCGGCCUGUUGCUAUUGAUCUCAGUGAGUGGCGCGACCACAGAGUGUUAGCUUUAAGGGAUUCAUAUUAUUAUCCAGGUGUUAUUCGUAAUGUUGUUCAAGGAGAAAUUUAUAUUGAGUUUGAUGGAGAAAGAAAACUAAUGCGUUACACUGACGUUUUGGGUGCGGGAAGGUACGAUGUGAUAGGUGAUGCGAGCCCCUCGGUUGGGCAAGUGACUUUAGAUGCAAAAGUUUGUAUCAAGUGUCCAUCAAACAAUCAUAUUGAUGCGGCUAAAGUGUUUGUAAAAGGGACAGUGUGCAAGAUUUUAUCAAAUCCUAAGCGUUUUGUUGUUAAAAUAUCAAGGGAAGAUGAUCGAAAUGAUAGUUAUGUUGUGACACGUGCGGAUCUACGAUUAGUGCAACCUCCUUGGUGGGAUGAAUUAGAGGAAGGACUAGAAGACUGUGAUUCUGCGAGGAUCGAAGGAAUUGAACAUGGCUAUCGAAAUUCUUCAGAAGCUCCAACAGCAGUGCCAAUUUUGCAACUUCAUCACACUUCUCAUCAUACAUCUCAUAUAUCAACUCAUAGCGACACAGGUGGUUAUUAUAGAACGACUGGUACUAGUCCUCUCAUGACUUUAGGCACUUCUACACAUCCUGCCACUACAGCAUUAAGUAAUGGAAGUCGACCGUAUGAUGAUUUAGAAAGUGAAGAUGACUUAGAUAGGGAAGAUAUUACAUUCCCUUCAGAUGCAGAUGCAAAAUUGUCAGGGAGCAGUAAACGAAGCAGCAUGCAAAGUCGAGGAAGUACCAGUAGUUUAGUUGAACAACGCAGUAUAACUCCUCGUUCUCAAGCAGCCACGCCCAGAUCUCAGGCGGCAACGCCACAUAGAUAUAAAAAAGGUGAUGUAGUGGCUACACCAAGUGGAGUUAGAAAAAAAUUUAAUGGUAAACAAUGGCGUAGACUUUGUAGUAAAGAAGGAUGUUCCAAAGAAAGUCAACGAAGAGGAUAUUGUUCUCGUCAUCUUAGUUUGAAAGGAUCUUGUCUUAGAGGUCCAACAAAUACUUUUUCUGGUGGCAAAAUUGAUGGUGAAGAAACAUCUAGAGAUUCUGAUACUUCUCCAAAUUAUGGAGAUAAAAGAAUUGCUGGACGAUUUGAUCCAGAUGAAACUGAAGCUGCUAAUAUGCUUGUUUCCUUAGGAAGUUCUAGAUCGGCAACACCAGCUUUCUCUUCACCAACAGGACAAUCUUCGAUAUCUCCUUGUAUCAAUCAAUCUCCAGUACCACCCUUGGGACUGAAUCAAAAUAAUGUGUUUAUGCCUAUUUCAAGUCCUGCUCAUCAUGCAACUCCAUUAAUCUCGCCUGGUGCGAAAUGGAAACAUUCACCUACUCAAUCUACUUUCCUUACUCAAUAUCAACAGCAAGUGAUAAAACCUGAACCGAAUCGAGUGGUUAGAUCGAAUCGUUCAGCUCCAACUGCCCCAGUUCCUGCUAGUAUAGGAACAAGCGUGAUAAGAAUCUCUCCUGUAAGUCGUGGUAUACCAGGAUCCAAUCUAACUUCAUCAUGGUCAGAACAAAGCCCACCGCCGCGGCAUCCAUCGGUUGUGACGACUAUAGCUCAACAGCAACAAGGCAUCAUUCUUCAACAUGCACUUACAACGAAUAAUGGUUUUUCUAAUCAUUCUGAAAUUUCAGAACAAAAUUCACAAAUAUUAAAACCAUCUCAUUCACCUCAUAUGCCACUAUCUACAUCAACACCACAAAAUUUGACUCUUCUACAUAAGCCUUUGGAACAACCUGUUGAUUAUGCUCAACCACAAACGCAAAAUCAGCCAAUUUAUGUGAUGCAGCAUCAACAUGAAAAAAAGUAUCUUGUGAUAAAAAAUAGUAUGGAUGUAUCUGCAGCAGGCCAUAUAACUAAUCAAGAUGAUAAAUAUAGACCAGCAUUAAUGAAUCACUUAGGUCAACUUCCAGCAACAUUACAUCAAACGCAAUGUCAGCCUCCACAAUCACCUGCUGUUUCAUCCGUCCAUGUCGACAAAUUAUCCGUUUUACAGGCAAAUAAAGUGGCUACACAUGUAUCUACUCAUAUGGAUAUGCAAAGAACACAACCUCCUACGAGUGUUGUGAUGACAACUACUGAAGCUUCAAAUCCGCCUACUCCAACAAGUGUCUUCCAACAUGUAAUUGUACAACCUGGGCAUUUGGUACAGAUUCCUAAAACGCAAUCAUCUAGGGAAGAAAAUUCUAAAAAUAAUGGAGUUUUGUAUGGUAGUCAUGAUGUUCCUCCUGCAUACCAGUCCCAUCCCCCAUCAUUACUGAAUAAUGCAGGGCGCAACUGGAAAAAAGCAGCUUUUCCUUGGCAAACAACAGUUUUGGAUCAAUCAGAAGUGAGUCCUCCACCAUCUGCAUUGAGUCCACCAUUAAGUGCACCUCCAAUUCCAAUUAGUAUGAGUACACCUGGUGAAGAUGGAUCUGGACCAGGACCAGAUCCUAUAACUCCAGCUGAAGAAGAAGAUGAUGAUGUUUUUGAAACAGAACCCACAACUCCUGCAGAAGUCGAAGCUAAUGCUAAUAAGAGACGCAGUCAAUCCCUUAGUGCAUUGCAUUCCAAGGAACCACAGAGUCCUCUUAAAACUAAAGAUAGAAUACGCCGACCGAUGAAUGCAUUUAUGAUUUUUUCUAAACGACAUCGUGCAGUAGUGCAUCAAAGACAUCCGAAUCAAGAUAAUCGUACUGUGUCUAAAAUAUUGGGGGAAUGGUGGUAUGCCUUAGGACCAGAAGAAAAACAAAAAUAUCAUGAUCUUGCAUCAGAAGUGAAAGAAGCACAUUUUAAAGCGCAUCCAGAUUGGAAAUGGUGUAGUAAAGAUAGACGAAAAUCUUCAACGACAAGUUUUAAAGGUAGCGAAUCUCGAGGGAAAUUAAAUAGUACUGGAGAAGAAACGGAUAUGGGACCACCAGCAGAUGAUGUACCAUUAACACCAAGAGCUACAGACGAAAUUACUGUUCCCGUUACUACGGUAUAUAAUGAAGCUCCCACGAUUGAGGUUAUUAAUCAGUCACAUACACAUCGAAUAAUGGAAAUGCCUUUACCAGUUGAAAAUACAGAAUGUGAUUUAAAACAGGACGAAGAUGGUAAUGUGUCAGAUGAAGAUCAAAUGGUAAUCUGUGAAGAUCCACAACCUGAAAUAGAUUUAAAAUGCAAAGAUAAAUUGACAGAUAGUGAUAAUGAUGUACAAGAUGAAGACACUGAAAAGAAAUGUUAUAUGCAAUCACGGUUCUCACCUGUAACUGGUCAGAAAAGAGAAGCAAUAAAUGUUAAACAAGAAAUAACCUGUAGGCCUAAGCCGAUAAAAGCACGAAUACCUUCAACAGGCAUUGAAACUACGACGAAAUAUCAUCAUACUUCUAUGGAUAAAGGAGGAAGCGUUUCUGUUUUACCCAGCACAUAUCCUUAUCAUAGUCCUGUCAAUCCAACUGGAGUAUCAGGUUUUCAACCUACAGGUGGAGCUUUUAUAACUAUGCCAAUAUCUCCAAAAGUCAUUAAACCAGAACCAGUAAAAAAUGAGCAACAGUAUAGUACUCAAUAUAGUAUGAGUAAUUUAGUAGCAAGUAUUCAUGAAAAUGGAAGAAAUAUACCUAAAUUUACGGCUGCUCCGGUAUUACAUUCUCAGCCGUUGCAGUCUUUAGGCACUAUUCUUCGCCCCCUUACUUCAGCUGUUCCUUAUCAACCAUCGUUCACUCUAACAUUGCUCGAUAACGAUUUGGUGGCUGUUUCCAAACCGCAGCAGGGAUCACAGUAUCUUGGUCCAACACCACCUCAUUCCCGGAUGUAUUGUGGAUUUCAUAUACCUAUUUCUGAUGCUGGCAAUCGUAAUAUAUCUUCCCAAGCUUUAGUUUCUGGCAAUAAAAUGGAAACCCAAAGUGUAAUAGUGACCAAACCAUAUUCGGUUCCAACAACUUCCACUACGUCAACUUAUCGAGGAAUUGGUCAUCCAAUAGCUCGUCUUGCAGAACCUGAAAAAAAUGAAAAUCAAAUAGGAAAUAAUCAUGCUCAAUUUUAUGUAACUAAUGUAAAAUCUGAUCAAGAAAGAAAAGAUACUGUGAAUAUUCUUUUAUCUGCUACAAAUGAUAAACAUAAACAGCCAUCUACUCCACACACUCCUCAUACACCUCUUAGUAAUCAUGGUAGUACUGAAAUUCCUACAAAUAAAUCAUAUUCUAUGGAUGAAACACAACCUAAUGAUAUAGGUCCAAGUAAAGGUCCUUUUAUGCUUGCUCCAACUCCAGCACAACUUGGUCGAGCACCGUUACAAAGGAGACAGUCAAUGGCAAUGCCUCCCACAUCAAAUGCAGGAGACCAUGGGCCUUUGACUUCUCAACAUUGUGAUAAUCGUCCACAAACAAACACAUCUCAAGCUACAGAACAAAUACAACAACAAAAUUUUUCAGAAUCUCAUGCUUCGCCGUCACCAUCUACCAAGAAGGGUUCUUUUUUCAAAAAAAAUGUCGAAGAUGGAAUGGACAGAGUUCUGGAGCAAGUAAAUUUCCAAGAAAAAUUUUCAUCCUUGCCAGAAUUUAAACCAGAAGAUAUACAAAGUCCAAGUGCAAUCAGUAUCAACACAGUGGGUUCAUCUGGUCAUAGUUCAGUAGUAACAUCUGGUUUACAUCCAUCAAAUUUACAAUCGUCGAUACAAAUGCAAAGUUACAGAAAAAAAUCCGCGCAAGGACCUCAUAGGCCCACAAUGAAUGAGGAUGACAUCGAAUCAGAUACAUCAAUAUCUGCUACUCCAAAAUCAACUUCUAGUGUCAAGUUGACAGGAAAUACAUUCUUUGGUCCAGAUUUUAACGUUGAUGCAUAUAGAACUAAUACCGAUCUAGUAGGAGAUGUUGAUGCUAGUUCACCCAGAACACCAAAAACACCUGGUGGAGGUGCAGGAAACUCUGUAGGAAUUGGCAGAAGUGAAAAUGAACGAGGUCACAGGAAAGUACUAGAACAACGUCGACAUCUUGUAAUGCAAUUAUUUCAAGAACAUGGUUACUUUCCUUCAACACAAGCUACUACAACUUUUCAAGCAAAACAUUCAGAUAUAUUUCCUAAUAAGACAAGUUUGCAAUUAAAGAUUAGGGAGGUCAGACAAAAAUUAAAAGCUAACUCUACACCUAUGAGUGCUAACAGUCUAGUUAGUCCACUACCUGUUUCUGAAUCUUCACCUAAUAUAACUGGACCAUUGACUGCUCCUCCUACAUCGAUGGGAGCUCCACAUUCACUGCCUGUAAGCAGUAGUGGUAGCUAGCGCCCACGUGCCAACUGUGAUACUAUGCAUCCCCUUACUCCACAACAUGAGUACAUCAUUAUUCAUUGAAAAAAAGGAAAGUUUUUAUUGGAAAAAUUGUUGAUGUACAAGUUUUAGCGAGUUGUAAAGUGCUGCAAGGCUUUAGUGCAAUUCAAACUUUGAUAUAACCUGGUGCAGGUAACUUAGACAGGCAUAUCAAGGUGAGUCGAUGUACAUAUAUCAGUAAUAUCUUUAUAUUGUAUAUAAAAGAAAUAUCGUAUCGAGUAUUUCUCAAGAUUACUAAUGUUGACUUCGAUGUGUGUUCGAGUAUCUGUGUUCUAUUGGGAUAAUGACAUAUAAAAUUGUGAAAAUUUGCGUGAUAAAGAAUUUACUGUAUUUUAGUAACGAUAACGCUCAUUAGUAAAUUAAAAGCUCAACUUAAAAAUUUAAUCAUAUUAUCUUGUUUAAUAACAAAAUGAGAAAAAAAUAAUAUAAUGACAUAAAGUAACUGUUUCGCGCGCGAAAUAUUUAAUUCGAAAAAAAGAGCUUUCUUCUCUCAGAAGGAAAGACAAUACUCGUCUGCAUUCUAAAUCCAAAGAUGAUUUAUGAAAUGGUAAUAUAGAAAUGAAAAAAUUAUUUUACUACGUUAUAAAGUUACAACUCAUAGUUGUAUAAUUCCAAAUAUGCACGACUGAUAUUUGUACAUCGAUAUACCUUGCAAGGAUUAUGAAAGGCCUAAGCCAUUGUUAAACAUUGUUAAAAAUACUAUGAGAUCCAGUAGAAAGAAAAAAAUGAAUAUGUGUGAUAUAGAAAAUGAAAUUUCGCGUGAAUGCAGAAUGUGUAUGGGUGUUUUUGAGAGAAAGAGGAAGAGAAAGUCGUAAUCAGAGAGUAUUAGAAU